UAUAUAACAUCUGUUUGAUAUUGUAGUAGUUAUACUGCAAAUAUGACAUUCAAUAUUAUUAUAUGCAUACGUGUCUUGGUAUAGCUAUGCAAUUUAUUUAGACAGCGGUACUCUUCAAAUCGUGUAAGAUGUUGGUCGUCCAACAAUUUUAGUGUAGAAAAAAAAAGGUACCUUCGUUUAGGUUCACCCGGAUGGAAACCAUUCAGGUGACUUGGCUCAACCGUUGAGGGGAGCACACGGUGCGCUGCGCACCAGACAAGAACGCUGGGGACUGAACCCGUUCAGCGGCAAGCUACUCCGCGUAACUGCCCGGGUAUACUAAAUAAAUGUCAUGCCGAUGUGCGUGAUAAAUGUCAUACCGAUGUGCGUGAUGUGUGGAACCGUGUAAAGAUUGCUAACUGUACCUGUUCCAAGAUGUUCCAAAAUAACUCCCAAUGCGAAGGUCUAUCUAGCUGUCCGUAUAUCCUGGGGUUAUAAAAUAUCUGUUGCAGAUGACUUCGAAAAGGUCCGUAUGUUUAUCAUGGAGGUCACUCUAUCUGUCUUAUCGUGCACGCCCGCCUUGUUCAAUAUUUACCAGUCGCCAAUGCCAUUCCAACCAAAGGAGCCACAACGGGACAUUUGCAAAGACAUCUGAGUUCACCCCAUCAGCUGAUUCUAAGCAUGACUGGAUGGGUCCACCAGACAGGUUGUCAAACCUGCGGCCAAUCCUGUAUCACAUACCUGAGAAUGAGACAGAGCUGGAGAAGCUAUUAAGAAAACUGAGGCAAGACACAGAUGAUUGGAACCAUGAGUUCUGGGUGAAACAGAAUGUCACUUUCAGCAAGGAGAAGGAUGCCUUCAUUGUUUCAAGGCUACAAGCACAGGGCUUGUCUGACAGAGACGAGAAAGGGCGAAAGAGGGCUCUUAACAGUGAAGAAAUGGCUGUGUUUUACAAAAGCUUUCUGGACACAAAUCGAAUAAGACAUUCAAUUUACAAUAAAGAGUGGUACCGACGCAACUUUACCAUCACCAUGCUCAUGGGCAGAGUGGCCCUCAACAACAUCUGGAAAAAGAUAACAGAGAGAAGGGGCAUCAAGACAAAGGAAAAGGAUGCCAUAUGAUGCUCAAUAAAAACUCUCUCCGACUCCCACUAUGUCUCUUUUAUGGCAUGUUGAUAUGUCCACUUUGAUUGUGCCGAAAAAAGUAAUUUACAAAAUAAACAAAACAGCAACAACA